AUGAGAUUAUUCCCGACUUUUUAUUCUCAUCAUAAAAUUAACAACAGAACGACUGCUGGAAAAAGAGGUCGAGAAAAUGAAGUUUUGGAGCAGAGACUUAACAAUUUCAUCCUCGAAGAACAUCAGCAUGAAAGGAAACAGCAGAAAACAAUGAAAAAAUACAUUCGUCGACUGGUUGAAAAUCGCCAAUCCACGCGCCAGAUCAAGCAGCAGAACAAGUUCAUCUCCCGAGAAGUCCGAAAAAAUAGCAAGUUCAGAAUGAACCGACAACAGAAAAAGAGCUCGCCUCAAGCCUCCGACUCUGGAGAAAACACCCCCUAA